CGAGCUUUAUUUUUUCUUGUUUUGUUUUGUUUUCUUGGUAGGAGUAACAAUAGUUUCUGGCAGCCUUCUUCCUCCUCGCUCUCUACCCGAGGAGAGAGGAGAGGAGAGAAAUCCGGAGGCAAAGCUUCAGGGUUUGUAUAAAGGGAUUCUAGAUCUAAUCGACUAACCAGAGAGAAAAAAAAACAAAAAAUAACGCGAGAAAGCAUGAGCCACUUCGCCGCCGCCGCCGUGAAGAGCCCCCUCGCCGUGGCCGCGCCCGCCGCCGGCGACGCCAAGAGCCCGCUCUUCUGCCCCAAGCCGCGGCGCCCCGCGGCGCCCCUGCGGUGCCACCAGGGCGGCGACGCCGGCAUGGAUCUGCUCGACCUCCUCCUGUCAAAGGGAGAGGAGAGCGGCCUGUCGGCGGCGUCCCCGCUGUUCUGCGGCUCGCCGCCGCGGCGGGCGUCGAACCCGGUGGUCCACGACAGCCGGUUCGGCGUGGACUGCCCGCCCCUGCCCGUGCCCAUGCCGGUGGCGGCGGCGGCCGUGCACCGGCCGUCGGCGGCGCCGCCCAUGUCGCCGCGCGGCGGCAACGGGUGCGCCCGCGCCCGGUUCGCGUUCCAGCCCGCCGCGGUCCGCGUCGAGGGUUUUGACUGCCUCGACCGCGGCCGCGGCGGCCGUGGCCACGGCAUCACCGCCAUGGCCUAGAUGCACAUACAAACGAACACCAAGUAACCCACUCGCAUCCCCCUCUUCUUUCGCCCCCUCCUCCAUCCAUGGUGCGAAGAAAGUGUAACCAUCCAAGCACUUUGUCGGAGGAGAGAGGGAGAGAGAGGAUCAAUCAAUUCGUCCUAAAUUUAACCCUCCUAAAAACCACUUAUAUUACUACUUUUAUUUAUAUAAAUCCGUCCCCAUCCCAACCAUCCACCAGCCCGCCCGCCCCGCCUGAUCCGUCCCAGCGAUUGCUAUGAGUUUAGGUGAUUUUACCACAGAUCUUCCUCUUUUUUUUGUAUGUAAAUAAAGUUUGAGGUCCAGGCUCGUCAUGUAAAUUCGGGAGCGAGUGAAAUCGGGUACGUAGGAAUUAGGAGCAGAGGGACAAGAGGGCCUGGCUGCUUGGCAACAGCAACAACAGAAAAAAUGGGGGAAAGAAGAGGGAAGGGCCUUCUUGAUCAAGAAUCAAGAUCUCGUCUCCUGUCUGUCUCCUCUCUCGGGGAGGGAGGGAGGGAGGAUUGGUUAGUCGUUGGAUUAGGUUGGGGAGUGGGAGGUCGUGGGAGUAGUUAGGUAAUCUGUCCUAGUUCAUCAAUCAACGAGGUUUUCUUUUUCUCUUUUUGGGUUUUCGAUGGAAUUGUUUUUGUCCGUCCGUCCAUGCAACCAAGGAAGAAAAGAAAUUUCCAAGGCCCAUGGAGAAUCUGUACAAAAGAGUGGCUACGUGCAAGAGGGCACCGUUGAGUCUGUGAGCAGAAGCAAGCAGCAGCAGCAGCUAGGUUGUUCAGUCAGGCAGUGGAUGAGCUGUGUGUGAGAGAGAGACAUUUAUUUUGUGGCGUUUUCCCUUUUUCCCCCUUUUCUCAUGUUGUAAUAUCCUGCUGUGAUUGAAAUGAAAUCAAGCUGUAUAA